AUGGUUACCCCUGAGUUGGGCACGUUCGCCAAUCCCAUAGUGAUCGAAGAUAAUCUUUCCCCGUUAAACUCAGCUUCCGAUCCAGACAUGACCCGGGUUAACGACGGCCGACUUCAAGAUGAGCCAGACCAACUUGGUUCCGAUGCCGACACUGAGAUAAUGACCACACCAGAGUUUUGGGGAUCCUUGACCGGUGGAAACUUCGCCCAUCUAGGGGAGCAUGAAGCAGCUGUUGAUCCGUUUUCUAUUCAUGUGUCCAUCAGGUCGCCAGUCCAUGAGGAUCUCACAGGCCUUCCGUCAUUCGAACAGUUUCAGCCGGACCACAAAGCAUUUCAAUUCACUAGGAAUUCAUUUGACAACUCCUUUGGGGCAGCAAGGAUGGAGAGUGCUAUGAAGAGGCACGGAGGGAGCGAACAAAGCAUGAAUCGAGGAAAAGCUUCUGGGACCGAGGGACCCAAGAAAGACCCCAGCGUGCCUGAUACUUUUCCGGUAACCCGCAAUGCUGCCCCGCAAGAAAUAUCAAUUCAAGCGGAUAAAGCCUUCGGGAAGGGCUUUUCAAGUAGUCCCUAUGAUAUGGGACCUACAAAACCCAGAUUAUCGCUUGAACCAGCGGAUAAUAUCAACGAAGCCCGGUUCUUAGGUAAAACUGCCUUGGCCUGGGGUUCUUCCAUAUCUACUGCUAUUGGCGAUGAACUAGCGGCGAUUCACGAUCAUAUGGAGCACUGUCGGAAGGCAGAUUGUCUACAGGCUAAAGCAUUUUUUGAUGGGAUUCAGCCCCCUCAAAGCUCGCUACCAAGCCACACAAAUAGAUCCGCACCGCUGCAGGGACGAAACGACGAAGGCCGUGUGACCAUGCGAUUCCAUGUCCCAGGAUUCCAGAGGGGGCUGAAAAAGCCAAUGGAAUUUUUAGUCAACCAAGUCAUCAUCCGAACAGCUUUCUUUCCGCUAGAGAUACCUUGCAGUCUAGAGACUUUCCGGCAAGACGACAUUCUCUUUGGGCGAGGUGCUGCGGUCAUCUCUUUGGAAGGAAAAAGCCCAAGAUUCUUUGUUACCUUCUCCCCUAGGGUUCACCAGAACGAUUACGGUACUCAAGUCCGUGCAUCACGCAAACAGUCAGAGGGGAUUGUGAUAAUUGAAUCAGCUGGGCCACAACGAAAAAAGGGAGCCAAUUGGUGGCACGGCUUCACCGGGAGAGUUUCUAUUGAACUUUAUAGGAGAUGGCCCCCUUUAGCCUCGGAUUACGAGGAACGGGAAGACUUCUUUGGCCCUGUUGUCCUGAGCGUUCACUCAGACAACGUAGACCCAAAAUUCUUUCUCUCCUUCUCUUCCGGACUGUCUUCAGCUGACCACAAUCCUCACUCGCCUGCACCUGGUCAAGGCGUAAGUGCACCCUCAAUGGCUAGCGACACUAUUACUCAGGAAACAACGGAGCAAGCUGGUACUUCUGUGGAUAACUUACCACUUAGCUCCCAUGUGGCAUGUGUGAAACGCAAGUUUUUAUCCGAUGGGUUUCAAUUUCAACCCAGACGAUCGAAGAGACUGGCGAAAAAAGCUCUGAUCCAGCAAUGA